GAUUCUAACCAAAACAAUCACUUUCUUCUCUUUUUACUCACUCUUCUUGUUUGUAUCAACUACUUGCUUGACUAUUUUGUUUAUUUUUCGCCUUUAUUUUCUGAUUCUGGUUUCUAUACGUAUCUAUUUUUGAAUCUCGACCAUUUAACUUCAUCAAUUUCAAUUUUUGUUUUAUAUUGACUGCAUUAAGGAGUUUUUGCUGGAUGAUGAAGCAAAUCGCUUUGGUUUUUGUUAUUUUUGUGUUUCAGAUUUAAGCUACUCCAUAGUUUUUUUGGCUAGCGUAUUAUGAUCAUGGUAUUUAUUAUUUUUAACGGUUGUUUGGAUUGGUAUGUGAUGGAUCUUAAAGUUUGAUCUUCGGAAGCUGCUGAUUCCGAUUGAUUUCAUACCAUAAAUGUAUAACCAGUAAAAUCUGUUCAUUGUUUUGAUUUUGUGGAUUUUAAAUGGUAUGUGAUGGAUCUUAUAGUUUUUCUAUGCAAGCAAUUUCUCUUUCCAAUGAAUGACUUAUUGAAAUGCAGGCGUUCUGUUUUGAAGAGGGAAUUUAAGUCAUCAAAUCUCAUGGAUCCAUGGUUCAGUGAUUCCAAUAUAGCAAAUGAGUUUAAGUUUGAUGGUGGAAGUUUUCUCCCCAGUUAUGAUCAGUCUCAAAACACUAGAAAUGGGACGAAACAUGAUUAUUUGGAUCUUGAUCUCCUGGAUAUCCCUUUACUUCCUAUAAGCCCGGGCCCUGAUAAUUUUGGUCUAUCUUCGAAUGUGAGCUAUGAAACCGACUCUCCGGAUGAUAUAGACUCAGAUCCAAUGCUUAAGUUUCUCAAUCAGAUUCUAGUUGAAGAGGAUAUGGAAGAGAAGCCUAGCAUGUUUCAUGACCCCCUUGCCCUACGUGCUACUGAGAAAUCCUUGUACGAAGUCAUUGGACAGGAAUACCCGCCUUCACCGUCUUAUCCAGGAAGUUCUGAUAGUCCUGAUAGCUUUUACGGGAAUUCUAGCGAGUACACAAGCAGCAGCAAUGCUGGUAGUAAUUCUAUUGAUCCUCAAUGGACUGUUGAUCCGGGUGAAAAUACUUCAUCUAUAGAACAGAGUCAUCGACAGGAUCUUUUGUUUGGUUCAUUUUUACCGGUCAGUUCACAAUCAUCAUUACAUGCUGUCAACAGCUCCUAUGGUAAUGGGAAUGCACAGACGAACUCCUUUGGCAAUGCAAGCCUGCUUCAGAAUUUCUUUGGUGACAGUGAAUCUGUCUUGCAGUUCAAGAGAGGGAUGGAAGAGGCUAGUAAGUUCCUUCCUACCAGUAAUUCAUUGAUCAUUGAUUUGGACAAAUAUGAAUUACCUAAAAAAUCAGAAGAUAUAAGUCCAGCUGUUGUGAUCAAAACAGAAACAGAAGAGCCUCAUUAUUCUUCUGAUAGCCUUAAGGGAAGGAAGCAUCGGCAUCCAGAUGAUGGUAAUUUGGAAGACAUGGAAAGAAGCAGUAAGCAACUUGCAACAUAUGUUGAAGAGGUUGAACUAUCUGAAAUGUUUGAUAGAGUUCUUCUCUGCACUAAUGUCAAGGGUUGCAAUGAUAUUACUGAACCGGAAAACCCGGCUCCACUGCCAGUAAUGCUGCCUAAAGAGUCUGAUGGCAGAAAAGCUCGUACGCAGAAAAAUGAGAAGCAGGAUUCUGUGGACCUCAGAAUCCUUUUGAUUAGUUGUGCUCAAUCUGUUGCUGCUGAUGAUCGUAGAACAGCAUAUGAACAAUUAAAGCAGAUCAUGCAACAUUCUUCUCCGAUCGGAGAUGUGUACCAGAGGUUGGCUCAUGUGUUUGCUAGUGGUCUUCAGGCACGGCUGGGUGGUACUGGAACUGAACUUUAUGCAUCCCUUAAUCACAGGAAAAUUACGGCUGCAGAGAAGUUGAAAGCCUACCAGGUGUAUCUUUCAUCAUGUCCAUUCAAGAAGAUGUCGAUAGCUUAUGCAAAUAUGAUGAUUUGUUCAUUGGCAUCAGAAGCAACUACACUGCAUAUUAUUGAUUUUGGCAUCCUUUAUGGCUUCCAGUGGCCUAUCCUCAUUCAACAUCUUUCAGACAGAGCUAGUGGUACUUUCAAGCUGCGCAUCACUGGAAUUGAGCUUCCACAACCAGGUUUUAGACCAGCCGAACUUCUAGAGGAGACAGGCUCCCGCUUAGCAAGAUAUUGUGAACGUUUUGGAGUGCCAUUUGAAUACCAAGCCAUUGCAACACAAAACUGGGAGGCUAUUAAAAUCGAGGACCUGAAGAUUACAAGUGGUGAGGUUAUUGCUGUGAACUCUCUUUUCCGGUUUGGGAGAUUGCUGGAUGAGACUGUUAUGACAGACAGUCCAAGGGAUGCUGUUCUGAACUUAGUUAGGAAAAUAAAGCCACACAUCUUCGUAAAUUCUGUCACAAAUGGAUCUUAUAAUGCUCCCUUCUUCGCGACUCGAUUCAGAGAGGCCCUAUUCAAUUAUUCUGCAUUGUUUGAUAUGUUUGAUGCUACCUUGCCUCGUGAUAAUCCUCAUAGGAGGGAUUUUGAACAAGAUUUCUGUGGCCGUGAGAUAAUCAAUGUUGUUGCAUGUGAGGGAGCAGAGAGGGUUGAGAGACCUGAGACUUACAAGCAAUGGCAAGUUCGCCACAAACGGGCUGGGUUCAAACCGCUACCCUUGGAUCAUGGGAUUUUGAAAAAAGUUAGGCACAAGUGCUCUGGAUAUCACAAAGAUUUUCUUUUUGAUGAAGACGGAUGUUGGAUAUUGCAGGGCUGGAAAGGCAGGAUUCUUUGUGCUAGCUCGUGUUGGGUCCCUGCAUAAAGUCUGAUGCAUGUUCACUCUACAUUAAAGGAAAGAUAUCAAAGAAUCUGAGAUGAUGAAUUAGAAGAGUGAGUUUGGUGCUUCUUGUCAUUGAAGCAUGCUACUUGUGUGCACUGACGAUGAUAUCUGCACUUGAAGUAUUAGCACUGUACCAGAAUGAAAAGAAGGAACUUGCAGCUGUGGAGACUGGAGAUGUCACUUUACAAGGUACUUGGAACUCUCUUACACCUCCGAUUUGGGUCAUCAUGUGUACAAAUAUCAGUGGUGAAGAGGGGCUUACGACACAAUUGAAGAUCUUAGGCCGGAUUUUGAUAUGGCUAGCAUAUGCUUCAUUAGUUGUCUUGUUUUUUUCUCUGGUGUUAUGUGUUGUAGGGUUAGUGAUUUCUCAUGAUUGCACACACGCAUAGAUUUGAUCCUAAACUCGAUUUUGUACAAGUGAUUUUUCUGAAUUUAGAUUGAUAAUUUCUACCCU